AUGCACCAAUACAUCACCAGCAUCAACACCAUCACCAAGCAGGGCGCUCCCUUCAACCUCAAGGUCAAGAAGCGCUGGCCCGGAGCGACUUUUGUAGUGUUUGACGCACACCAUGUUCUGCUUGAUGUCUUUGCUAGUCCAGAGAAGUAUUUGGAUACUCAGGCUAAUGUUACGGGCGUAUAUAACAAGUGUGAGGUUCUGAUGGAGGACUGCACGCCGUCGGAUAAACCCAUGUCGAGCUUCGCGUUUUAUGACGAGUUGCAUAUUUCGGAGCGUGUUCCUGAGGUCGCGGCGGAGAAAUUUGUCGAGGCUAUUAACGGGAAGUCCAAGUACGCCACUUACUGGUGUUGA